AUGUUCAGGUCAUGCUCCAGAGAUCCUUCUCAAUCUAUUGCAAGUAGAAUAAAAGAAAUGCAUGAUGUGUACUGCCAGAGCACACAGUCUGAAGGAGAAUUCAGCAGUUUUUCCAAAAAUGUUGCCAGUAAACAUUUUCGUCUUGCUGAGAUGCUCUACUACAAGAUCCUGCAGUCGGUCAUUGAGGAGGAGAGGACUCGACUAGGAGACACUGACUUAUCUACAAUACUGGAGCAAGAUGUGUUUCACAUGUCUCUGCUGGCCUGUUGCCUUGAGAUCAUUACCUUUACAUAUAACCCACCUAGAAACUUCCUGUUCAUCACCAAAAUAUUUGACAUUCCAGUUUAUCAUUUUUAUAAGGUAAUUGAGGUUUUCAUUAGAGCAGAGGAUGGCCUUUGUCGGGAAGUAGUAAAACACCUGAAUCACAUUGAAGAACAGAUCCUUGAGAGCAUGGCAUGGAAACGGGAAUCCAUAUUGUGGGACAGCAUCAGAGACCAUGAAAACAAGGUUCCUAGUUGUGAAGAGGUAAUGCCACCUCAGCACUUUGAGAGAUCUGCUGGGAACACUGUUGUGGGUUCCCCAUUGACACCAAGACGAAUAGAUGAGAUUCUUUCUGAAAGCGGAGGACUAGGAAGAGGCCUCUCCUCACCUCCAGCCACCCUGUAUGACAGAUACAGUUCUCCCACAGCCAAUCCUACAAGAUGCCGCCUGUUUGCUGAUAAUGAGAACCCCUCUGACAGUGGGACCCCUGUGAGAGUUCCCCAACAGCCCAUGGUAAACACGGUGCCAGUGCAGAACAUGAAUCCUGAAGCCAUGUCAGUGACUCCAGUGCCUAGCCAGACCCUGGUCACCGUGGCAACUGCCACCGUGACAGCCAACAACGAGCAGACCGUGACAAUCCCAGUACAAAGUAUUGCCAAUGAAAAUGGAGGAAUAACUUUCUUCCCAGUCCAAGUAAAUGUAGGUGCCCAGCCCCAAGCUGUCUCUGGCCCCAUUCAGCCUCUGAAUACCCAGGCUCUCGGGGGUACCCUGAACACCCAAAUGCCAGGCCAGCUGACUGUUCAGCAGAUCUCCCCUGGAGAGCAGAGACAGGCCCAGCAGUUCACUGCCACGUCCGUCAGGCCUCGGAAGACGGACUCACUGUUACUCUUCUUCAGAAAGGUGUAUCAUUUAGCCAGUGUUCGUCUGAGGAAUCUCUGUGUCAAACUCGAUGUGUCUAAUGAGCUGCGGAAAAAGAUCUGGACAUGCUUUGAGUAUUCCUUGGUGCACUGCCCUGAAAUCACGAUGGACAGAUGCUUGGAUCAGCUGCUGAUGUGUGCCAUCUAUGUCAUGACUAAGGUCACUAAUGAAGACAGAUCAUUUCAAAACAUCAUGCGCUGCUAUCGGACACAGCCACAAGCCCAGAGCCAUGUCUAUCGCAGUGUCCUGAUAAAAGGCAGGCGCCGCUGCCGCUCCGGCAGCAGCAACAGCAGCAGCCAGCAGAACUCACCCACAGGCAGGAGCAAGGAGAAGAACAAGGAAAGAAGCAGCCGGGACUCCAGCCCGGUGAUGUGCUCCAGCAGCACCCUGCCCGUGCUGCACCCCGGCAGCGCCCCCCCCACGCCCACCUGCCUCACUUUCGCCAACAGUGACACCGAGGAGGAGCAGCGGAGGGACCUCAUCCAGUUCUACAACAAUGUCUACAAAGAACAGAUCAAAGACUUUGCCCUCAAGUACACUUCAAAUGCAACGGACUCCCCUUCGCUCUCGCCGUACCCGUUCAUGCAGCUCAACUCCCCUCACCGGGUGCAACUCUCCCAGAAUUAUCCAAUGUAUGUCUGA